AGUCAUUGCGCAGGCUGUACAAGCCUCUUGUGGUUCCAAGUCCGUACGAUCACUCUUCUAAGCUCAGCCAUGCACGCGCAACGCAGGACGACGCUUGGAGCCUUCCUUCUGUUGCUGCUUGCCUGCGGUCACGUCACUGGUUACGUCACGGACAACGAUGAUGUCGGAGACGCUAGUAUGCUGCGCGCGAUGGUAGAGCGCAUGGGCAGCGGACUGGCAGACUCAGCGGCCGCAGACUACCUACCGCUGCAGGCUGGAUACGAUGCGCCGUCGGAGGCGAUGAAGGCGUCGUUGUACGAGCGCGGCCUGCCGUCCGACGAGCUCAGCCUGCACGAGGCCUUCGACCUGGGCGGCGCCGAUGACCUCGCCGAGGCUCUUGAACUCAGCGCUCGACGAGACCUGCGAGACCGCGACGACUUCAGCGCUACGCGUGACCUCCGAGACGAGUUGAGCGUUCCGCGCAACAUCAGGGAUAAGAUAGACUUGAGUCUUGACCGAUACGAAGAUCAGCAAGCGCCGUACGGGGUGGAGCUGUCCGUGCAUCCUUCCUUGCGUGACCAGGAAUACCUGCACCACAGCCACCUCCUCGGCAACAGGAUCACCAACUUCCAAAAUGGGAUGAUGCGCAUCAAGCCUUCAGGCGCAGGCGCUCCGUCUGCCACCUCAGAGCGCAAGACAGACGGCGUCCUGCCGGCCUACUGCAACCCGCCCAACCCCUGCCCCCUGGGCUACACAGCCUCGGACGGCUGCCUGGAAGAGUUCCAGAACACAGCAGCGUUCUCACGCAACUACCAAGCGAUGCAGGAGUGCAUGUGUGAUACCGAACACAUGUUCGACUGCCCCGACACGACGCGUGACACAGAGAUCGGGGCCCUGGCCCGGUCUAUCCAGAACGAAGGCGUUCUUGAUACCACCAUCGAUAAGAUAGUCAAUGAAAUGAGGCGCAACCCGUAUAUGAGCGGCGAGAAGCUCCCAGUGGCUGCCAAGAAGGGGUCCACGCUCCCUUAGACGCUGUACCUACUAAACGCACCCGAUGGCUUAAUUUAGUUGAUGUUUAGGUCUGGAAUUGCCAUCAAGAAUGAAGAAUGUUCUAUAAUAUUGCUGUAAAAUUCUCGAGUGUUUUUAAUACUUCGAAGACAGGCUUUCUUAAGUAUUUUGCAGUCUCGUGGGGUUAUCGCUUGGAGCCGAUCUACUUGGUGCACAUAAUUUUAAGGAAGUGUUUUUGAAAAUUCACAUCUCUCAUAUCAUGGAAAAGAAACCAAUAUAUAAAUAUCAGGGAAUUUCAAGUUCAAUAAUACUAGUGGUAUUCAUCACAGUUUUGCCCAGUAAUUAAGAAAGAAUAUACAUAAAUUGAUGGAAGAUACUAAUUUAUAAUCUAGUGCAUCAAACUUUGAUGUUCGAGAUGCACAAAGCACGCUUUUCAUCGUAAUGAAAACCAAAAAACUUACUGUCUCGUAUUACCCGAUGAUAUUCAGUCGAAUUAAUUAAUGACUCUAUACUUGAUCUACUGGUUGGAUUGAUGUGCUGGUGAAUUGAUGCGUUCAGUGAUGUGCUAGUGAAUUGAUGCCUUCAGUGAUGUGCUGGUGAAUUGAUGCGUUCAGUGAUGUGCUGGUGAUGUGAGGCGUUUCAAAUGAGGCCAAGAUGCUGCUUUACUACGCACUUAUCGCUUAUAUGCGCUCGUAUGGCUGUUUGUAUGAGAUACGUCCUCGUACGAUAGCACUAUUUUCUCACCAUCGAACGAUACCGCGUCAAUCUAGCAAUCUCAGACGAUUGUUUCAAUUGUCUUAGUCCAUGUUGGUGGCUUAUCGCACCAUUCUCAAGGACUGUCAGUGGUGCUGUUAGAAACGAAAAAUCAGAUUUGAUAUCUUGCAUUAGUAUCUACUUUAAUUGCCAAGUUUACCGUAAAUAUCACUCGUGAUCAUUGGAAAAAUUUGUACCCUCAAUCUUAACCAUCUUAUUCAAUAUCUGAGGGUACAGCGGGGGAGUACAUGCAGCCACCGCCCCUUGUAUCUCUGGGGAGGUUUCUCCCCCUAAGCCCAGAAUUCCCCUUGUGCUACCCGCUUCUCCCAGCGUCGGCUCUGCAGGUCUCGUGUCUCUUUGACAUUUGCGCCUCCGACGCUCCCCUUGAAAACGGGCGCGUCAGGAGCGUGCGAAACCCAUAUCCAGUGCCGCUAUUACUACACAUGCUCUGGGUACGUGGCAAUGGAUGAAUUAUUAUACGUUGAAACCCAUAUCCAGUGCCGCCAUUACUACACAUGCUCUGGGUACGUGGCAAUGGACAAAUUCUUAUACGUUGGUUCAAGUGACUCGGUCUUCUACUCGGCAUAUUUCCAAAGUCGGGAUCUCUGUGCAGUCGAACUUCUGAUAAUUUGGUGAGGUAUUUGUUCGCUUCUUGCACAGGCCGGUUAUCAACGUGCCAAAGCAUAAUAAUAAAUAAGAAAAAUAGCAAAAUUAAGAGAAAUGUCAGCAAAUGAACGCGCAUUCGUAAACCAGUUGAUAUUUACCUACACGAUUAUCCACAACCAGCAACACUACCAACUUUCCAACGUUGAUGUCAUUGUUUUAGUGGGUCCUGAUUCCUAUGCCUUACAGACAAGAUAUUCCAAGACCUUUACACAUAUAUUUUCAAUGCGUUUCACUAAAUACAUCAUUGGAUUUAAUGGGCUUUCCAUUGAUCGGAAACUCUCAUUACACUACUACGUUUUCCGGCGUUUUCGUUAUUUGCGCGCUCAUAUUUGAAUCAAUACCUACUCAGUAAAUUGUUUAUUAAAUUUUUCUACUGCAAUCAGAAACUUGAAUACAGUUGAAUAAUUUUGAAUAUUAUUUUUGCAGUGGACAUUGCUUGCCAGCAUUUGAUAAUGUAUGUAUCAAAGAAAUCUGUUCACCAAUGUAUUGCAUCAACAGCUCUAUUUCACGUAGCUGGGACACUAGUCUGCAUCACAGCUUUACAUCACGUAGCUGGGACACUAGUCUGCAUCACAGCUCUACUUCACGUAGCUGGGGCACGAGUCUGCAUCACAGCUCUACUUCACGUAGCUGGGGCACGAGUCUGCAUCACAGCUCUACUUCACGUAGCUGGGGCACGAGUCUGCAUCACAGCUCUACUUCACGUAGCUGGGGCACUAAUCGUGUAUGCAUAUUUUAAUUGCGGUGGUAGCAUGUAAUUCUCGCGUAGCUUGCACUCCUGAGCAGCAGAUGUGACCUCGCUGCCUCGCAUUGACCUCGCGAAUGCAGGAAUGACGUCAUAAGGUUGCAAGCAUUCAUUCGAGGACAACUGAACUCUCAAUGUUCGACCUUAUCUAUUGUCUGAAUUUGAUGCUCAGUACAUAACUUUUUCCUUCCAAUAUCUGAAUAGAUGAUCUUUUGGAAAUUCCAAAGUCCCUACAACUCUUAAAUUUUGUUCUCCUAAGCCUUUUAUUAAACGUUACAUGAAAUUUAGCACAUGAACAAAACAUUCCAAGGUUGCUCAUUUCAAUUAUAUUGGGAUUUGUAUCUGAAAAGAGUCAAACGUCUUUUGCUGUAUGAUCUUGGUAACAAUUUUACCUGAAUUUAUCGGUACAAUAUUCUAUCAACCCAAAAAAAUCACGUAUGCAUGCGCCAUGCUUCGAUAUAAUAUUUGGGCAGUAUUCCGUGUUGUUUAAUAAAUCGCCAUACAUGUUCCAUAUUUCAACAUUAUCUGUACGUUAUUUAAUCUUGUCUGAAUAAUAGACUCACUUGCUUCAUGCCUCACAAUUGGCAUCUCCUAGAGCAGCUACGUGUGAACGAACAUAAUCUAUAUACGUUGUUCCUAUUGAUAUAAACAAUGUGUCGUUGUACUGACCAGAACUUAUACGUAUAUUAUCUGAAAAAUUAUAUUAUAUAUUCACAAAUGAUAUAUUAGAAUCCAAAUAUACCAGCCUAAAACAG